AUGUCUUCCCCGCAACUUCCUGCCUUCUUCUGGGAUAAGAGUACACUCACCACCGCCAUCUCCGACCCUGUUUAUCUAGUAAAAGUUCUCUUCUUCUUCGCCUUCCUGAUGACCUUGGUCACUCUCCUCAUCCUGGUCUGGAAGCUCACCAAAGGCAAAGGCAACGAGAAGGCGGAGGCGGGCUCCAAGAGAGGAGCGACGCUGCUGGCCUGA